GGCGGCGCUCCGGAGAUUCGCCCCAGCGGCUGGCUAAGCUUCCCGCGCCCCUCCGCUCACCGCCCCGCUCGUCGGGAUUCGCGCCCCGACGGCGUCCCCUGCUGCCCGCACUGGCCGUGCCCACUGCUUCCCACGGCCCUCCCUAUCCCUUCCAAUCCCACGAAGGGAGUGGGUCCUGCCGGGGCAGAGUCUUCUAGACACGAUGUUCACAUCUAAGUCCAACUCCGUGUCGCCAUCGCCGUCCCUGGAGCAGGCCGACGCGGACGCGCUGGACAUCAGCACCAAAGUGCAGCUCUAUGGGGUUCUGUGGAAGCGGCCGUUCGGGAGAUCGUCGGCCAAGUGGUCCCGGCGGUUUUUCAUCAUCAAAGAAAGCUUUCUGCUUUACUACUCUGAGAGUGAGAGGAAGAGUUUUGAAACCAAUAAAUACUUCAACAUCCAUCCUAAGGGUGUCAUCCCACUGGGUGGCUGCCUGGUGGAGGCCAGAGAAGAGCCCAGCAUGCCCUAUGCCAUGAAGAUCUCACACCAGGACUUUCAUGGGAAUGUCCUGUUGGCUGCUGAGUCUGAGUUUGAGCAGACACAAUGGCUUGAGAUGCUUCAGGAGUCUGGGAAGGUGACCUGGAAAAAUGCCCAGCUAGGAGAAGCUAUGAUCAAAAGCCUAGAGGCACAGGGGCUACAGCUGGCUAAGGAAAAACAGGAAUAUUUAGACAAGCUGAUGGAGGAGACAGAAGAGCUGUGCCUUCAGAGGGAGCAGAGAGAGGAGCUUGAGCGCCUGAACCAGGUGCUGGAGGCUGAGAAGCAGCAGUUUGAGGAGGUGGUGCAAGAGCUGAAAGUGGAGCAGGAGCAGAUCAAGAGGGAGCUAGAACUCACGGCAAGAUGCCUCAAGGGUGUGGAGCAAGAGAAGAAGGAGCUGAGGCACCUCACAGAAUCCUUACAGCACACACUGGAGGAACUCUCCAUAGAGAAGAAGAAAACCCUAGAGAUGCUGGAGGAAGAUAAGAACCAGCCACAGCCCUUGACCAAUCAGAGUGAACAGCCACCAGCCACUGAUGGUCUCCAUAGCAACCUCAGGCAGAUCGAAGAGCGGAUGCAGGAGCUUUUGGCAGAGAAGCUUCUGGCUGAGAAGCGGAUGAAGGAGAAUGAGGAACGCUCACGGGCCCUGGAGGAGGAACGGGAGUUCUACUCAAGCCAGUCUCAAGCCCUGCAGAACUCGCUGCAGGAGCUGACCGCAGAGAAGCAGCAGGCUGAGCAGGAACUCAAGGCUGAAGUGAAAGUACGCAUGGACCUUGAGAGACGACUUCGGGAGGCAGAGGCAGCCUUGCGGAGCCUGGAACAAGGCCUCAAUUCCAAGGUUCGGAACAAGGAGAAGGAAGAGAGGAUGCGGGCUGAUGUGAGCCACCUGAAAAGGUUUUUCGAGGAGUGCAUCCGGAAUGCAGAGCUGGAGGCCAAGAUGCCAGUCAUCAUGAAGAACUCGGUGUACAUCCACAAGGCGGCCACUCGCCGUAUCAAGAGCUGCCGUUUCCAUCGACGACGGUCUAGCACUUCCUGGAAUGACAUGAAGCCAUCCCAGUCCUUCAUGACCUCCCAGCUAGAAGCCAACAACAUAGAGGAGCUGAAGGAGGUGGCCAAGCGGCUAAGCAGAGACCAGCGCUUCCGGGAAUCCAUCUAUCACAUCAUGGCCACCCAGCCUGGGGCCUCUGCACUUCCCCGGGGAGGAAAGUAAUGGGAACGCCUCCCCUACCUCCUGUCUUUCCUUGGUGGGGCAGCAGGGAGGUCUGAUUCCCCUUGGUCCUUUCCAGCAGAGCACUACCAGGAGAGGGGCACCCUCAUUCUCAAAGGAGGUAAUACCUCUCUGCCUCACCCGGAGCCCUGACCUUGGAGGUCAGAAGGGAGCAUUGGAAGAGAGCACUGGAUUCCCUGGAACUGGAGUCAUGGGUGGUUGUGAGCUAUAGUGUGGGUGCUGGGAACCAAAUCUGGGUCCUCUGAAAGAGCGGCAAGUUCUCUUAACCACUGAGCCAUCUCUCCAGGCCUGAGCCCUGACCUUGGGUUUACCCUAGGUAGGGGUAGGUCCACACUGGGUGCUACCUGGUUGUCAUGAUGAGGCCUGGCUCUGUGUGGUAUCUGUUGGUCAAGAAGAGAAGUUGUCUAUUCCACAAGGACUGAAAAGUUCCUCUGGUACCCACUGUACCCCCUUGGUGACUCUGCCACUCUGACCCUGGUCCCAUGACACCCCCUAACUCUCUUCGCUCCUGAUCCUCCAAUUUGUCCAGACCCUGCACUUAUUCCAUGUCCUUGAGAUGGAAAAGCAGGCCCUGAGACACAAACCCAGGUUCACAGCACCCCACCCCCUCUCUGCCGUAUUCCUGGCUGAAAGGCCACCCAGGUCUCCUAGUCACAAAUGGGUUUCUCCAGAUACAGCUCCAGCAAUCUGCUGGAGGGUAGCUGCCUCGGGCUCUUGUGACCCUGCCCCCCGGGAGGUCACAGAGAUCUGUCUCUCUCCCAGCUGGCACACCUUGCAGCCUCCUCUUCCUGCAGUGGCCUCACUCAAUGAACCAAUGCAGCCAGGAACCCACCACAUGGGAGCAGGGACCUGUGGGGAGCCGGUAGCCAUUGGUGGGUUCAGUGCUGUCAGAGUGACACUGUAACACCAGCCUGCAGGUUUUAUGGAAGACCACUACCCUUACGAGGCCAAAGACUGAGGAAUGUGUUCCUCAUCUGUGAGUCUUUUGGCCCAUCCCUCAGAAGCUGCCUGAGUCUAUCAGUCUUGUCAAACAAUACUUGGGGAGGGGCGGGGACACAUACGGUGGUUAAGAGCACUUGUUUCUCUUGGGAGGACCCAGACUUGGUUCCCACAUGGUAGCUCACAACCAUCUGUGACUUCGUUUGCCAGGAGAUCCAACACCCUCUCCUGACCUCCACAGACACCAGGCCCUCCCAUGGUGCGUGUACACACAUGCAGACAAAACAUACACAUAAAAUAGAUCCUUAAAAAACACAUUUAAAGGGGGCCGGGUGCUAAGGCAGUGCUGGAUCAAAGGCAUCCAUUUUCUAUCAGAAGACUGAAGUGUCCUGAGGGAGGUACAGAAGUCACUCUGGGGAAGAACCCUUGUCAAGGUCUGGGCUGCCCUGUUCUCCAUGGUUGCUUCUGGGUGGGGUGUUUCGGAGUCAGUGCAUCCGAGUGUAAAUAUAAAACUUUAAGUGUGUCUAAACCUGCAUAAACCCAGAGCUCGUCUUACAAAACAUGUAUGUGGAAUGGACUUUGAAAUGAAGACGUAGAAAACCA